AUUACCCAGGAGAUUCAUUGCCUCUUUUCUUGCAUAGGCCUUGUUCAAACAUAAUGCACAAUGUGUUUUUGACAGGCAAUUGCCUGUGCAUAGUGCUGCAGUAGUAUAAUGUUUUGAGAGGGGGUGGAGAAAAGGGAGGGAUGAUUGAGUAAAAGAAUCUGGUGAAGAAAGAAACUUAGCUUUUAACCUAACUGGAUCAACCUGACUAGCAACCAGCUGCAUUUGCUCUUUUGUGCUUCUCAUACAGGCAACAGGAGAGAGAGUAAUCAGAUAUCAUGCUCACUGUACGCAUAGGCCUUCUUCCAAUCAUAGCAGUGCUUGGAGUCCUUUUCUUUGCUGUUUUAAUCAUAAUGCGGUCUCAAAGCGACACCCUCUCCUGGUAUCCUGAGUUUCCUGGUCCAGAGUGGCUACAGGUGCCUAAUGUACCCCAAGAGACCACCUCCAGACAAAGACCAAGUCCGUGUGGCAUCCCAAAGCCCUGUCCAGAGGGGGACUUCAGCUUUUUAAUCGCCAGUGGAGCUGCUAAUGUGGUUGGACCCAAAAUCUGCAUAGAGGACAAAAUGGUUAUGGGUUAUGUGGAAGAAAAUGUAGGGUACGGAAUUAACAUUGCUGUUGUGAACGGGAACACGGGGGAGGGUAUGAAGACAGCAUUUUUUAACAUGUAUGAUGGUGAUAUUGAAUCUCUGGUGGAGUUUCUGGAGUCCAUUGAGAAUAGAUCCAUUGUGUUGAUUGCCACCUACGACGACCCAGCUACAAAAUUGAACGAAGAAGCAAGGAAUCUUAUCAGAGAGCUUGGCAGCUCUGCUAUCCAGUCAUUAGGCUUCAGAGACAACUGGGUCUUUGUUGGAGGAAAAGGAGCAGAUGUCGAGAGUACCUUGGAGAAGCAUAUUAAAAACAAUAGAGACAAAAACAAGUAUGACUCCUGGCCAGAGAUGAUUGAAUUGCAAGGAUGCUUACCACGCUAUUUGGAGUGAUUGGUACCAAAAAUGUUGUUAUCCUGCCAGACCCCAUAUCCACUGUAAACAUUUGCACAUGUUAUGAUGUCUGUAUUACUCUGAAAAAUGCAUAAUAAACAACAGUUUGGCCUUGUC